GUUUAUUUCAUGAAAUUGGUUUUCGAUGUGUAUUUUUUUCUGAUGAAGGUUUCAGGAACCAUGGAGGAACAAGAUCAAGACAAAGAGGGAGGCCAUGCUCAACAGAAUGGAUCUUGUCAAGUUGCUGAGGAACAAGCUGUCGUUUCCUCCGUGAAUGGCGCCAUAGCUGAAAGCUCCGCGACAGAUUCUGGCGCUGGAAGUGCUGCUGAAGAAGGUUCAUCCUCACAAGCACUGCCUGCAGAAGUGGAGCAUGAAGCUGAAGCUGUGGCACCCUCGUCUUCAAAUGACGGGAUGGAUGUUGAUAAUCGUACCUUCACGGUGACGAAUCUCAAGCAUCCUGGAGCAUGGAGGACGCAUCCGGAAAUCAUCAAUAUGCUUGCACGAUGUGAAUCAUUUAGCAUCAGAUUCGAACGAGCAGCAAAGCAAAAGGGACCAAAACCUGGUCAUAUAUCUUUCACAUUUGAGUCCAUCAGCUCUGCCAGAGAAGCAUUCACCCAAGCUCAGAAAAUGCGAGUAGAUGGUCAUGCAGUGAAGGUUGAAGCAUGUCCAGCAUUCUUCGCCCCUGCAGCUUGCAAAUCUAGGCCAUUUUUCAAGCCUCUUGUUGAUGAAGAGGUUCGAAAAAGGACAAUCUACGCUUUGGACUUGCCAACUUCAGCUGAGCAGAACUUGUUAAAUAGUAUAUUUGAAUCUGAUCACAUUGAACGGAUAACAUUCUUACCAUUACGAAGUGAACACAAGCAAGCAGAGGUUAUCAUGCACACUGAAGAGCAGGCGGAUGCGGCUCGCUCAGAGGAUGGCUUUGAGCUUGAUGAUGGCAAACAGCAAAGCGUCUUAAGAAUACUUACCCCUGUUGACUAUGCUGCCUUUGUUGCUGAGGAGCAAAAACCGGUGCCAUUUGUACCUCCAAAAGUAGAAGACAUUGUGCCAACUCCAUCUUCGACUGCUCCGUCUGGAUCUCAUCCUCCCACAGCAAAACCUCCGGAAGAAGUGAAACUAGCCCCUGUGCUGGACGAAGAUGAUGUUACAGAUAUGUUUAUCAAGUACGUUACUGAACAAAGAGUGAACUGGGCCGAAAUCACUGACGUUAUGGAACUGUACACGAUGUGCGAUGCAGUGUCGGCACAAAUUGGUGGACUGCCAGAUAGUGUGCUGCGGCCAGCAAUGCUGCAUACACUGCAUCGGCAUCUUACGGAAGCUCAGUCGGCUUGGAUGAGGGAGCAUUUGCAGGAUUUGAUAAAGUGGUGGAAGCAAGAAGUCAAAAACGACGCCUUUGUCGAUCGGGCGACAUUGGUUCAGAUGAAGGCAGCUGAGUAUGUACCGAUAGCACCGAGCAAGAGGAAAUAUCGCGGUAAAAACUCCGCCGAAUCGCGAGCCGGUCGUGUAAUGAUGGGUGUUGGUGCAUUUUUGGAGGCUCAACGAAGCAAGAUGGUUACUGAAGAAGGCGAGUUAGAGGUCGAGGAAGAUGACGAAGGUAACAUUUUGUUAGGAGGCGAAGCGCUUAGUUUCGAGUCAUGGGCCAAAUUGACCAAAACGAACCAGCCUGAUAUAGUUCAUGCCAAAAUGGGGGAGGAUGAGCCUCCAGCAAAGAAGCCUCGUGAAAUGCAUGACUUCAAGAAAUUCAAGCAGAGUCAGAAGGAAUGGAGAGAAAAGAAGAUGGCAGCAAAGAAAAUGCGUAUAAUGAAGGAGGCUCGCGAGGGCGUCGAAGCGCUUGACAAGGAAAAAGCGGAAGAAGUGCAAUUACCCAAAGACGCUGAGAAUGGAAAAGAUAAAAAGGAUGGUGCUACUCCUGAAAAACCCCCAAAACCACCAAAAGAGUUGGACGAAGGCGAGAUUGACUCAGAAGAAGAGCGAAAAGAAGAAAAAGAGAAGAGACGGCGACGGAAAGCGUCCAGCUCUUCGAACUCUUCCAGUAGCUCAUCAAGCAGCGAAAGCGAAGAUGAUGGCGAUGCGCGGAAACGGCGAAGAAAUCGGAGGAAGACGGAGAGGCUCAAAGGUCCUCAAGUGCCUCCAUUGUUCCAGCGGAUGUUCAAUCACCGCCAUGUGAUCAUUAAUGCGCUAUCGGCUGAGCACAAAACUGCAUUUGCAUCAGUCUUACACCAGAUGAAGUCCUCUGGUCGGACGGGGAUCUCACAAUCGGAUCAACAGCAAAUGCUCACUUUCUUGUCGAACUUCAGUCGAUGAUGAUCAUCUGCCGCUUGUAGUGUAAUGUUUGAUAGUUUUUAAGAGACUUAUAAGAUGGACGGGUUCAAAAGGUUGAUGUAUCCUGAUGGUUGUCUGAAAGCGUGCACACCACCGUUCAUUUCAUAAGUGAAGUUUGUCUCAUUGUCAGAUUGUUGGAGGCCUACUGUAACUUACGUAAAGCAUUCUACUUGCAUCGAAUCCCGUGCUCUGUGUUCAUUGUUGCAUUCAUUUUUACGAUUUGGAUUGUAUUGUGGCAAAUUCCCUCUACCCUUUGAGUCUUGAACAUCUUUACAGCUUACCCUAUACCAUAUAUGAGAACUACUCAAUUCCCGAAGUUGUUUCAUAUAUGUACUUUGAUCUUGAAAUGUUACUGUUGUUACUUUUUCCAAUGAAUAUUUUA